AUGCCACUACCAAAGCAAACAGCCCUGAUUUACCGCAUCCGCCAACUCAUCAAAGAACGACGUGGCUACUCCAAGACCAAGGCGCGCGAACUCGCCAAGCUUCUCAAGGAAGGCCGCGAUGAUUUUGCCCGCAUCAAGACGGAAGAUGUGAUCGCGAACGACAACCUGAUCUCUGCGUUGGAGAUUAUCGAGUUACAUUGUGAGCAGUUGCAUGUGCGGGCGAAUAUAUUGGAUCAUCUUGCGUUUGGGCAGAAGAAAAAAGGGAAAACGUUGGCUGUAAGGAGGAGAGGGAACCACGCUGGGAACCACGCUAGGAGCGGGAGGGUGGCGCCCUCGACGAUAGAAGGGAGCAGUGGAGGCGGCGGAUGGGGAUUUUGGAGUAUUUUUGGCCUUGGUGAGGGCUCGCGGACCCAACGACAGCGGUCAAAUACCCGAGAUGCUCAGAGUGUUGCGCGUCCACCGACGCAUGAAGCAACCGUCGAUGAUGGCGUUGCUGAAGAUAUAGAGGUUAAAGACGGUGCUGAAACCGCUGAAGACAGGGAACCUGAAGUCUACAUCGACCUGGAACUAGAUCGUGCCGCUGCUGUGAUAUUCUACUCCUAUCCACGCCUUCCUCGGGACAUUACAGGGCUACCGGAACUCCGCGUAAAGCUAAUACAAAGAUGGGGAAAUGAAUUUGCAAGCAGAGCACAGGAUGACGAUGAUUUGCCUGUCGAUUUGCCGGAAGAACUGGUAGAGCGGUUACGAGUCCAGAAGGCAUCACCAGUUUUGGUGGAGAAGUAUCUAAAGGAAAUUGCAAGGAGUCAUGGGCUCCGGUGGCACCAGGAUGAAGAUGAAGAUGGGGAUGGGGAAGGGGGUCAGACCGUUGAAGAAGACGAUCAACUCCCGGAAUUCGUCCAAGAAACAGACACACAAGCUCCUGAGAAACGCGGGAUAGAAGGUCCAAAGGGAAAUAUGAAAGGAGCCGAUGCUCACUCGCCUGGCACGAAAGCUGACGCUAAGCCAUCGCCAGCACAAGUAGCAGAGGCUGAGAGCACCAAGAUUGGUGGUGGCAUACCUGAAGUGGAUGAGUUGGCAAAAAGAUUUGCGGCUCUGAAAAAAUGA